AUGUCCAAAAAGGAGAAAGUCAAGACCUGGCUAUAUCCACCGGUCAGCCCCGAAUUUUUAAAAGGAAUGAUGCCGGCGAUGGAUGUCGAAUUUCUUGCAGCGUGUUUGAAACAUACUACUGUCUGGGCGGUGGAUGCUGAAGCAUGCAAGAAUGCUCUGGAUUACAGGAACGCAAUGUGCGUGCGAAAUCGUCUCAAGUCUUUUGAAAGUCGCUUUGGUAUUACUAUACCAGUGAUUCUUCCGGACGUUGACGAGACUGAGACGGAAAUGGAAACGGAGAGCGAUGGAAGCAGUAGCAGUCAUACGCUUUCUAAUGAGAGUGGAAGCAGCCACAGUCUUUCCAGCUCGCCGUCUCUAGAUCUGCCGCCAACCCCAACACGCGCGACUCCGGAACCUCAGAUGCCUCGAAUUCCCCGAAUCGCUCCACCUGCAUUAAAGAGACCAAGUGGAGCAAAAGACAAAAACAAACGUCCUAAAAAACGGGUGCGAUUUCAAAGAGAGGAUCCUACAAUACACAGAUUCACAACAGUGAACAAGGAGGAAGGCACGGUGAGGAUUGAUCGGGAAGAAAUUGCGGAGUUUUUUGUCAAAAGACAUAACUGGUGCACUAAAUGUAAGAAAUGUAUCGAAAGAGCAAGAUGUGAACUCGACCAUCUUGAUCUUGACGGAAGGCUUCUGCUACUUUCUUCCAUUGCACAACAUGAGAUUGACCAGGGGACUGCUGGAGCGGACACCGGCCUAAUGCUCUUCGCGCAGUGGAUGUUGGAACAUGCUGAAAGUCUUCGGGGUGUCGAUAAGAUUGGUGAUGACGCAAUCCAUUCUUCAAGAGCCUCUUCUCGUCCCAAUCUCACCUUCCCCGUCCCUCACUCAUCUCUUCUUGUAAUUUCUCCCUCCUUUACCUCCUCGUCUAUUCUCUCUUCCUACACAACACACAAUCUCUUCUCAUUCUUAUUGCUUUCCAACCUACUCACUGGUGUAUUCAAAGGCGUUUCGGUUUCCGCCAGCUCCUUUCUUUACAUCCAAGUUACGAGUCUUCGAACUCAAGGACAAACCUACCUCUUUUGCAUACAGUCAAACAAUACUGUCAAAAUGUCGGAUAAAGGAGUUACCAAUCUCUACAAGCCAACUGACGCUGAAGCUCGUCUUCUGAUUGCUUGCUUCCGCAACAUCGGGGAGAAUGUCAAUGAUAAGGCAAUUGCGAUCGAUACGGGAUACAAGACGGCUGUGAUUGCCCGCCAACUUUUUAAUCGCCUCAAAAAGAUGAUCAAUGACGCUGCUGAUAUGCCGAAAGUUAAGGCUGAGAAAACUCCAAAGGCUGCUACCAAGCGCAAGGCUGCCGCUUCCAAGGGCGAUGAGACCCCCAAGAAAAGAGGCAGGAAGACCAACCCUAAGCUGUCUAAACCUACCACCGAUAUUGAGGAUGACGCCGAUGAUGAAGAAUCGGUCGUGAAGCCGGAGGAAGCAAUUUUGCUCGAUGAAGACCUCAAUGAGAAACUUGAAGAUGAAGAUGACGAUGACUCUGUUCAUGAAACCAUCAAGGUUGAGCCUAAUGUCGCUUCUGGUUUCACUCCUGUCAACAAUCCCUUUAUUAAGAAGGAGGCUGUGACGAUUGAGGAUUAG